ACAUUCAACAUUUUAUCGGUGUGUGUAUUUAUAAACCUUCCAGUGAAAUAAGAAAAUGGAUAUUUAGAGGAAAUGUAGUUUAGUUACAGAAGACCUGAAAUACAAUAAGAUGCCGUGAAAGGCUGAAUGUAUAGACAGCGUUGUAAAUUGCCGAUUUUUGCAUUAUGACAACCAACAAAAAGCGAGACAGAAGUAUGGAACGUAUGCAAGAAUUUGACAAACGAUCUUUGCGAGAAAAUUGGGGCCAAAUCCCACCGGGUGCUGCUGUAAAGAGUUCAGGGGCAAAAUCAAAGGGGGUGUACCACCACAUGAAAACAGUAAAUGAUCCUGAUUCAAGAUCAGUUUGUAAACAAAGAAAAACAGUUAGAUCUUAUAGUGGCGAAUGUAAAACUCAACAAGCAAUACAUAGUAAAUCCCUCAACAGGUCGGAAGUAAAUCAGAAAAGAAAACGGAAAAAGAAGGAACUAAGUAAUCAUUGUUUUACAUGUAGUAAACAUGAGAAAAUUAAGUCAGAAACAACUGGUAAAGAAAUACAAAGCCAGAAGUGUGAUAAGAAAUGUUCAGAAGCUGACGGAAAAAAUAUUUUCAGCGGAAAGAAAGCUCAAGCUAAAACAACGUAUCUCUAUAUUGUAAUAGGCGAUAACAUCACUAAAACCAGUAAUUUAAAACAGUUUUUAGUACACAGAAUGGGAAAUCCGACCGCUCUUGACUUUGAACUCAAAGAUGUUGCUAAUAUACAUUCAUCACAAAAUCUUUUGAAAAAGAGCAUUAUAAAAGUAAAAUUCGAAAGUUAUAAGAAAGCUUCUGCAGCCCGAUACCUUCUGAAUAUAAGCAAUAGAAACGUUUCUAGCAAAGUGCGAUGUUUUUUCAAACGUACAGAGGCAGAAGGAGAGGAAGUGGACAACGCUUUGAAAAGAAAAACAAAACUUGAAAACACAUGCAAGGAAAUCGAUGAAUCAACUGAAAGAGAGCUAGACAAGCACGAUAAAAAGAUCAGAGAUGUUUAUGAAAACUUUUCACGUGUCAAUGAGCUCCUGAAAAAAGGCAUUCAUAUGUCUGAAUUUGGCAAGAUUUUUAACGAACAGAAUGCAUUCAAAGAUAAAUUACAAGAAUUAGAGAGACAAAGAGUAGAAUUCCUAAAUUGCAUAGCAUGCAUGAAAUCAUGCCUUGAAAAUCUCAUUACUCAUGAUAAGUUUGAACAAGAAGUGAACAAAAUUAGAAAGGAAUUUGGGGUUGAAUGCCGACGUCUUUCAGUAGCUUUACCAAUUUAUGCGAGGCGAGAAGAUAUACUGACCGCAAUAAGAAACAAUCAGGUCUGCAUCAUUCUUGGUGAAACCGGGUCUGGCAAGUCAACACAGAUGGUACAAUAUCUGUAUCAAGCUGGCUUUGCAGCAAAUGGUGUAAUUGCAUGCACACAGCCUCGUAAAAUAGCUGCCUUGAGUCUUGCAGCACACGUUGCAUCGGAGCUUGCCUGUAAUGUAGGUCAUGUGGUUGGUUAUAAGGUUGGAAUGAAGACGACAUCUACUGGGUUAACAAAGGUACUUUUCAUGACAGACAAUGUUUUGUUAAAUGAAUGCUUGCAGGAUAGAAUUCUUUCAAAAUAUUCUUGCAUUAUCAUAGACGAAGCACAUGAGCGUAGUAUUCAUACUGAUUUACUACUUGGCAUGCUGAAAGAGUCAAUCAGUGAACGACCUGAUCUGAAAGUUAUAAUAACUUCAGCAACUAUUGAUCCCUUUAUUUUCAAAGACUUCUUUGGUGGGCAUAAACAAUGUCCUGUUUUGAAGAUAUCUGGGAAAACAUUUCCUGUAGAUACUUUCUGGGAUGAAACAAAUUGUUUCGACAAUCCCUUUCCAGAAGAUUAUGAAGAAAAGGCUCUCAGAAAAGCAAUUGAAGUACACACCAGUACCAAAAUUGAAGAAGGUGAUAUUCUUGUCUUUGUAACAGCAGCACUAGAAGCAGACAGAUGUGUAGAAAAAAUGAAAAGUCGCGUUAAUGAGAAAGAAAUCCAAUGCUUACAGUUGCAUGGAAAACAAAGAACAGCUGAACAACAGAUCGUAUUCGAAAGAACACCUAAAUGUAAGCGGAAGAUCGUAUUCGCGACAAAUUGCGCCGAGACAUCGAUAACUAUUCCAGGCAUUAAAUUUGUAAUAGAUACAGGUGUUGUUAAAGAGAUGAGAUAUGAUGCAAAUAAAAACAUAAACUCACUCAAUGUUUCUCCUGUCAGUCAAAGCUCAGCUAAUCAACGCAAAGGACGUGCUGGAAGAACGGCAUCCGGAAAAUGUUAUAGACUUUACACUGAAGAAGAUUUCAGACGAAUGGAAAAGAAUGCACUACCCGAAAUUCUUAGAGUACAAGUUUCUAAGGCCUUACUUAAUUUAAUGGAGUAUGGGGUUAAUCCACUGAAUUUUCAUUACGUUCAGUCGCCAUCUACUGAAUCCAUGCAGAAUGCAAUGUUAGAACUCACUGAACUUGGUGCUAUACAUGAUCUGAGUUUGACCGAUAUUGGUAAAUUGAUUGCAAAGUUGCCUGUUGAGCCAAAGUUAGGUGUAUUGAUAAAAAAGGGAAUUGAAAUGGAUAUUGGCAUAGAAGCCAUAGUAAUAGCUUCAAGUUGUAAUCAGACAGGAAUGUUUUUUCGAGUUGGGACACAAGAUGAAAGAAAAUUGUCAGAUGUUAAGAAAACUAAAUUCUGUCACCAAAAUGGAGACUUGCUGACACAUUUGAAUGUAUACAGGGAAUGGAAUGCACAACCAGAGAAAGAGAAAGGAAAGUGGUGUGAACGAAACUACAUUAAUGGGAAGGUCAUGAAAGAGAUUAGAGAAACAAUUAACGAAGUAGUAUACACUCUUAACAAGGACGCAGGUGUUAAAAUAAAGCAUCAUUUCAGGUCAACAAAAGAGGCAGAUAUUCUCGUGCAGGAUCUUUUGUUUGAAUGCAUGUCCUCCGAACUCGGAUAUUAUCUUGGACACGAAUCAGCCGGUUAUCUAAUCCUCAAAAGCAAACAAAGGGUACAGGUUCAUCCAUCAUCAGCAAUAAUGUCUCUUGGAUACCAACCGACAUGGAUUGUUUUUAACAGGACAUUAAAAACAACUGCAGAUUUUAUUACUGGAGUAACACCAGUAAAUGAAGAAGCUGUUUGUGAGGCAUUGACGACUGGGAAAAUAUCUUUCGACUUAAAUUUCCUAGAAACUCAAAAAAUUACACUUGCAUGUCAUAUUUUGGUCGGAAAACACGUAUAUUGGCAAUUCGUCGGAAACAUGCAUAAAAAUCGUCAAGUCGUUGAAGAUAGAAUUCGAAAAGAAUGCGAGGAAACUUUGGUAAUCAUUGAAACAAAUAAAAAGCAAGGCAAAAUAAGUUUAUUCUGUCUCCCAGAAUUUAUAGACAAAGCAAUCGUUAUGUUGCAGAGAAUUCUAGAGCCAAUUCCAAGUAUAUUGCUCAGAGAGUCAAAAGAAAUGUAUAUUGGUAACGAAAACAGUGGCAUUCGUAUUGUUUUGCGCGAAGGAGGAGAGGGUGUUGAUGUUUUGCUGCCUAAUGAAUUCCGUUCCAUCAAAAUCUUUCAGAAGGAAAGUACACAGAAUUAUCAUAUAACAGAAGAAAGUGCCCGUGAAUUAUUUGAAUUUUACGGCCAAGUUGAAUCCAUAUCGCGGCCUUCUAAAAAGAAACGCCAACAAAAAUUACUAUGGGGAAAUGUGACAUAUUUUCAUCAGACUGAUGCAUCCGUAGCAUUAGAAGAAAUUAACAACGACGCAGACAUAGAAAUUGUAGGCGAGCAAAUAGCAUUGCAUAAUAAUAUCCCUUUGAAUAGCCAGUCAUUCAAAAUGAAACUCACGUGGUUUAGAAGGCUAUCAAGGGGUUAUUGUUUUGUUAACGUAACGGAAGUAGGGGAUAUCCCGAUACUUCUAGAUUCAGCUCCGAUUAUUAACGGGAUAAGACUCGAAGUGUCUCCUGCUCGAGAACAGUCUGAUUUGUACAUAACUGGUUUGACACAGGAAAUAACUGAAGAAGACGUGAAAAAAGCCUUAUUGGAAGUUCUUGAAAAGUCCUUCAAUGAUAAUAUGGAUAGAUUCAAAAUAAUCAUCCCACGCACAAACGCAAUUUUUAAAAGUAAUGAACUCGAGGGAAAAAACAAACAAAUUUCAAAAAUGGUCUCUUUCUUUGGAAAUACUGAUGACUUUGAUGUUCAGGUAAAGAGAUAUGGAGAAAAAACGGUUAUUUGCACUGCUCAUGUUUGGUUUACUGACCCACAAACAUGUCACGAGACUGCAGAAAGAAUGAUAAAUGGAAAUGCUCAAAUCGAUAGGAGUAAGGUGCAUGUAUCUCUUGAGUGCAAUUCAACUGUUUACAUUAGUAACAACUUGUUCCAGAUAGUAAAAGAGGAUAUCGAUACUUUAAUAACGCGCUACAAAGACAGAGAAUCAAGUACAACUAUAGAAAUAGUAUAUAUGAAAUCAGGUAAUGUAGCAUUAAUAAUCAAGACACUGACCUUUCAAAAGCUUGCUAAAGCAAAGGCAAAAGUUGAUGAAAUAGUUGGCGGAGAAGAAUUAAAAUGCGAAGAUGAUUGUAAAUUUCGAGUGAUGUUUAGAAAAGAUGGAAAGGAAUAUAUUAAAGAAGUGGAAAAGGAAACUAACACAAUAAUAUUGACUGACGAGAGAGUAAUGACGGUAUACAUUCAAGGACUUCAACAUAACAGAAAUCGUGCUGUAGAUUUGAUUAAAGUGUACAGCACGGAACAACAAUCUUCUCUUGAAAAGGACAUUCGUCUCAAAGGGGACGAAAAUCCACCUGGACUGAUGAAAGCGUUACUAGUUAAGUAUGGCACAGAUUUUGAAGUUCUUAAAGAAGAAACAGGAAUAACAGGUGUUUACUUAGAGCCACGUUUACAUGAAAUUACUAUUACUGGCACAAAAGAAGCGACUGAAAAGGCUACAGAAUGUAUAAAUAGAAUCAAAGAAAACAUAUGUAUAUCAAGCGUUGUAAAUGCUUUCGAGAAUGAGUUACCGGACUGUCCAAUUUGUCUUUUCCCUGUUGAGGAAUCAGAUAUGUACAUACUUGAAUACUGUGGACAUGCAUAUUGUCGAGUUUGUCUUGCGUCCCAAAUACAAAAUGCAGUGAAAUACAAACAACUACCUAUCAUUUGCGCUUCAGAAAAUUGCAAUAAACCUUUAGUGAUAAGAGAUAUAAACUUUCAGUUAAAGGUGGGAAACAUAAAGAAAAAGGCUCUAUUGGAUGCAUCUUUGGCUUGUUUGGUAGGCGACAAGAGCAAACCAUACAGAUAUUGCAUUACACCAGACUGUAGUAUUGUGUAUAGGACAAGUCGAAAUGGAAAUGUGUUCGUAUGUCCAAUGUGCCAAGUCAGGAUUUGUACCUCAUGUCAUACACAGUAUCACGAUGGGCUUUCUUGCUUUAUGUAUAAAAACGCAGGGAAGGAAAAGUACGAAGUUGACGUAUGGCUAAGGAGAGAUCCAGUAAAUAGAAAAAGGUGCCCGAAAUGUAGAUGUGGAAUAGAAAAGAAAGGUGGCUGCAAUAAGAUAUACUGUACUCUGUGUAAAGCACAUGUAUGUUGGAAAUGUAUGAAAUAUUAUCCAGAAGCUGAUGACUGCUACAGACAUUUGCAAAAGAAGCACGGUUCAUUUUAUUGAACAUCAUUGCUAACAUUUAAUACAAAAACAGUAAUGCCGGUACGAAAUAUCAAAUAAACCCUUUGCGGUAAAUAUAGAAACACACAGAUACUGUGCGAUUUAAUCAGAGUGAAAGAUACAACAGCUCACCUAUAACCAUGUUUGAGUCAAAGCUGUCCAGUAAAUUCAUCCUUUAAUAUUUAAAACAUUAAACUUAUACAUUUUGAAGAAAGAAUACAUGUAUAUUCUGAUUAUGGAAACAACGAAAAAAAAAAGUAUGAAGCAUUAAAAAUGUUCAGUCAUGGCAGACAGACAGCUUUAACUACUAGUCGGUGCAGAUCAACUCAAUAGGUUUUGAUUCGGAGUGAACAGAGUUGGAAAAUUAUUUUGACUAUUUCUCAUAUUCUAUCGUAAUUGUUUUUUCGAGGGAUGCUAUUACAUAUGCGCGCGUGCACACAUAAAUCUGAUACAGGUUUUUUAAUCUUUAUUAACUAUGUAUCUCGUGAGAUGCAAAAAUUACAAAUUCAUUUUUGACAAUCUUACCACUUCUUAGUUGAUGUAAAGUAACAAAUACCUGUCUCAAUAAACCCCAAAAAAACUUUUCAUAGAAUUUUGUCAUUGAUUUUAUUUGUAGUUAUUAAAAUAUUUUGAUUCUUUAUUGGUACUUUUCAACUUAGAAAAAUAUGAAACUAGCAAAACUUUUCUUCAGAUAAUGAAAACAUAUUCUUUGUUGUUAUUGUAUAAAAUUAAUACAACAGUUAUACUUCAAUUGUCAAUAUUUUUCAAGCAAGAUAGUAAACUUUUGUAUUUUUUGUAUUUAUUUCAAGAAUAAAGUACAGUUUAUUAAUAUAAAGUUUUAAAUGCCUUUUGAAAAAAAGGCGUUAAUUAUACACCCAAUACCUUAAAGGAGAUAAAAGAGAAGAUAAAUAAAAGAGGAAGACAUGAAAAUAAUAAGGAGAAGUCAAUGUGCAUUAGUUAUAUUUGGAAUAAUCAGCAAAAAUUAAAACGGUCUAAGUUCGACUCGAACCCGAAGCGGCAUAAUAUGUCAUUUGGCUGUUUUCGACAUUUUAACCAACUACAUUAUAGACGCAUAUGCUGAGCUUUAACUAAUAAACAAAAGAUAGUAGGCAAAAUACUAUUGAUAUCCCCCAUUUCUUAACCAUGGGAUAAUUAAUGCAAAAAAAUGGCUGAUUGAUAUUUUCGGACCAUAAUUAGAGUUUUUAGGCCAUUUUCUUUAAACUAUAAUUGCCAUUAUAUAGUUGAUUUAUAAUUUUCGUGUUUAUUCCGUAGAUAUUAACCUUGAAAUUGUAUAUGUAAUAUAAGUGAAUGUUAUGAAUGUAUGGACACUCUGCAAUGCGUAAAAUGUUGAAUUCUUCUUAAUUUACUUUCCAGUAUAGUCCAUGAACAUAAUAUUUUCAAUUUUGCCGUUUUAGACUUUCUUUAUUGAUUCCUGUUUUAUAUAUUUUGUUAAUAAAUACAAUUGUAAUUCAUUGACUGUACUGCAGGAUUGAGGCAGAUCAUUUAAGAAAAUUUAAAAAAGUGUCAUUUUAUCAUAAAUAUUUAUCAUUUUACAGAUAUGUUAUCAUUCAGAAUGAUCUUUUACAGAUAUUGAUAAAUACUUCUCCCUGUUGAAAUAUUUAAAGUGUUUUAAACACAAACGACACAUCUGUAUAGACACACUAUAUUAUAAAGGCUGGUAAGAGUUUUGUCCCUUGAAGUUCAACCCAACAAAAUAAAUUUUUUUAUAAUACUUCCACAUUUUCAAGAUCUAUUUCUAUUAUAGAAAUUUUAAAUUGAUACAUUUUCUAUUAUGGUAAUUUUAAAUUGAUACAUUUAAAUUAUUUAACAUAAUUAUAUACAUUUUGCAAAAGAAAAUGUGUUAUGAUUUACAUGUCAUUGAUUGUGUAUGUCGUAUAUUGGCUUCUAUUGAAAUAAUAUACUGUUAUAAGCUUUGUAGCAAACAUUUGAAUAAUUCACAUCAU